GCAUUAUUAAUGCAGACAUGGCACAGAACGAUGCGAUGCAUGACGAUGACCUUGCGAAAUCAGGGGAAGCAUUGAUUGAGUUCAUCAAGAGCAGUAAGGCAGAGAGCGCUCUUCGAGGAGCGAGAGAGAACCUGCAGGAGUUCUUUGACCACCACAUCAAGACCAAGAAGACCACAACCGAGCUCUUAAAUGGUCUUGUACAUGCCGAGGAAGAGGUCGGUCAGAAACUUCUGGAUUUAGAGCGGCAGAAGAGCCAAAUGGCGCAGGAGAUCGAGAGGAUGGAGCAGGAAGUACAGCGGAGCCUCUCCAAAAGCCAAAUCCUGGACUCCGAGCAGGAGUAUCCUUCAGUAUGAUGUUUCCCCUCAGACCUGAACCAGAACCUGCUCUCAUUAUAAUAACUGGCCUGAAUCAGGAUCAGA